AUGGCAAGGAAAAAGAAGAAGAGACCCGUUCCGUUUCUCAUUCGUUGCUCCAUCCAGCGUGACCCGUGGUCCCCGAGUUUCGGCGACCCUACGCGGCCAAAGCCGCGGACGAGGAACCCGAAGAAUCCUUUGUCGGACGACAACGCGCGGCGCAUCAUAAAGAAAAAGGCGGCAUACCAGAGCAUUCUGCGGCGGAACCAGGGCCCGCAGGCGCAGACCCCGAGGUGGGUAAAGAGGACCCCCGAACAGAUGGUCCAGUACUUGCAGGAUGACCGCAACGGCCACCUCUACGGCCAGCACGUGGUGGCCGCAAUAAAGAAAGUGCGCUCUCUCUCUCAGAAAGUCGACGGCGACUAUGACAUGAGGAUAGAGAUGGCUUCCUUUGUCGGAAAGCUCAGCUUCAAGGAGAUGUGCGUGGUGCUCAAGGAGCAAAAGGGUUGGAGGCAAGUCAGAGACUUCUUUGCUUGGAUGAAAUUGCAGGUUGAUAUGAUGCCAUGUCAAGAUGUUUACCCUACUGUGUUAGCUGGUUUGGUGCCUCAACAGCUGAGCUACAGACCAAGUGUAAUUGUCUACACAAUAGUAUUACGCUUAUAUGGGCAAGUUGGAAAGCUGAAAUUGGCUGAAGAGACCUUUUUGGAGAUGCUUGAUGUGGAUUGUGAGCCAGAUGAUGUUGCUUGUGGUACCAUGCUUUGUUCUUAUGCUAGAUGGGGACGCCACAAGGCUAUGCUGUCUUUUUAUUCUGCUGUAAAAGAAAGGGGAACAAUUCUCUCUGUUGCUGUCUUCAACUUUAUGUUGUCUUCUUUGCAAAAGAAAUCACUCCAUAGAGAGGUUGUACAGAUGUGGAAGGAUAUGGUAGAAGAAGGGAUGAUGCCAAAUAGUUUUACUUAUACAGUGGCCAUUGGCUCACUUGUCAAAGAAGGGCUGCACGAAGAUGCUUUCAAGACUUUUUAUGAGAUGAGGAACAAUGGAGUUGUUCCUGAGGAGAUAACAUAUAAUCUGCUUAUAAAUUUAAGUGCUAAAAGGGGCAAUAGAGAUGAAGUGCAAAGACUGUAUGAGGAUAUGGGUUUUGAAGGAAUAGUUCCUAGUAAUUACACUUGUGCUUCACUUCUAUCUUUGUAUUACAAAUAUGAGGACUACCCUAGAGCCCUGUCCCUCUUUUCACAAAUGGUAAGCAAAAAAAUUGCUGCUGAUGAAGUCAUAUAUGGUUUGCUUAUAAGAAUUUAUGGAAAGCUUGGCUUAUAUGAGAACGCUCACAAAACAUUUGAAGAGAUAAAGCAGCUUGGCCAACUCACCAGUGAGAAAACAUAUUUAGCAAUGGCUCAAGUCCAUCUUACUUCAGGAAAUGUUGACAAAGCCUUAGAAGUUAUCGAACUCAUGAAGUCUAGCAACCUAUGGUUCUCUCGAUUUGCAUAUAUUGUGUUGCUGCAGUGCUAUGUGAUGAAAGAAGAUGUAGUAUCUGCUGAAGGAAUAUUUGUAGCUCUCUCCAAAACAGGUCCACCUGAUGCUGGUUCUUGUAAUGAUAUGCUCAGUUUGUAUCUGGGACUAAAUUUGAUAAAUAAGGCCAAGGAGUUCGUUUUCCAAAUAAGGGAGGCUGAAACACAUUUUGACAAGGAACUUUAUAGAACAGUUAUGCAGGUUUAUUGUAAGGAGGGAAUGCUGUUUGAAGCUGAGCAGUUCACAAAUCAGAUGGUUACGAAUGAGUCCAUUAGAAGUGAUAAAUUCUUAAUGACAUUUUAUUGGAUUCUCUGUGAACAUAAGGGGGGUGCACAAUCUAAUGAUGAACUUGUGGCUAUUGAGCCCAUUGACAAAUUUGACGCUACAGCUCUUGGGCUGAUGCUCAGUUUAUAUCUGACAAAUGACAACUUCAGCAAGACAAAAAUAUUACUGAAGCUGUUGUUGGGUUAUGCUGCUGGGGGAUCAAAAGUUGUUAGCCAGCUCAUCAUCAACUUGUCUAAAGAAGGAGAAACCAGUAAAGCAGAAUUUCUUAACCAUCAAUUAAUUAAGCUUGGCUGCAGAAUGGAAGAAGCGACAGUAGCUUCUCUAAUUAGCCAUUAUGGCAAACAACAAAUGCUGAAACAAGCUGAAGAUAUCUUUGCAGAAUAUGUAAAAUCCCCCACAUCUAGUAAACUGCUGUAUAACUCUAUGAUCAAUGCAUAUGCUAAAUGUGGUGAACAAGACCAAGCAUAUUUACUAUACAAGCAAGUUACUGACGAAGGACAUGAUUUGGGCGCUGUUGGAAUGAGCAUUGCUGUAAAUUCUUUGACCAAUGGAGGGAAACAUCAGGAGGCUGAAAAUUUUAUCCUCAGAUGUCUUGAAGAAAACCUGGAGCUUGACACUGUGGCUUACAAUACCUUUAUCAAAGCCAUGCUUGAAGCAGGCAAAUUGCAUUUUGCAUCCAGUAUUUUUGAGCGCAUGAAUUCCUCUGGUGUUGCUCCAUCAAUUGAAACAUUCAAUACAAUGAUAAGUGUCUAUGGACAAGAUCAAAAGUUGGAUAGAGCAGUGGAGAUCUUCAACAAAGCUAGUUCAUUUGGUGUCCCUCUGGAUGAGAAAACAUGCAUGAAUUUGAUUGGCUAUUAUGGGAAAGCUGGUAUGAUGCAUGAAGCUUCCCAGUUGUUCAGAAAAAUGCAGGAAGAAGGUAUAAAGCCUGGAAAGGUUAGUUACAAUAUCAUGAUCAAUGUAUAUGCUAACGCUGGAGAUCUUCAUGAAACAGAUAAACUUUUCGAGGCCAUGCAGAAGCAAGGUUGUUUGCCUGAUUCUUUCACGUAUCUUUCACUUGUACAAGCAUACGCAAGGAACCAGAAUUAUUGUAAAGCUGAGGAAACCAUACGUGCAAUGCAGAGCAAAGGCAUUCCACCAUCUUGUGUCCAUUUCAAUAUUUUGCUCCAUGCUUUCAUAAAAGCUGGGUUGGUUGAUGAAGCCAAGAUGGUUUAUGAGGAGCUAUCAACUUUUGGUUUAGUUCCUGAUCUUGUAUGUUACCGUACAAUGCUGAAUGGUUACCUGAAAUGUGGAUAUGUGGAAGAAGGAAUAAACUUUUUUGAAAGUAUCCGUGAAUCAACAAAAGGAGACAGGUUCAUCAUGAGUGCAGCUGUGCAUUUUUACAAAUCUGCCGGAAAGGAAAGCAAAGCUAAAGAAUUAUUAAUAUCAAUGAACAAAAAGGGGAUCCCAUUCCUCAAGAAACUUGAAAUUGGAUCAGUGGAGAGAGUGGAAACUCCAUGA